AAUGCCAUCUCGAUUCGACUGCCCCGAGUUUCGUCGCUGAAAAAGAAUUUGAGAAGAACUUAUUUAUACAUUUUCAUAGAAAAUCGCGGGAAUAUUUACGUCCAGAGCACGCCUAAAUGUUUGCAAACACGUAGCGCGUGCUUAUCAGACUAGGAUAGUUGAAACUAGAAAUAUUCCCGCAGCAUGGCAGCUAACAACAAUAGCAAUAUACACAACCUGGUAGUCGGCACGGGGGCGGGGGUUAUGCCCUCCUCUGUGAUUGCGUCGACGGGAACUCCGGGAAUGGGACCCUCGCAGGCGCCAAUGGCCUCCUCAUCCUCGUCCGCCUCCUCCGCCGCGCAGAGUGCUUGGGAUCAGCUGACGGCGAGUGCCUCCAACAACAUGUCACCUUCACCGACAGCAGGAGCUCCCACGGUCACUGGACCCAUAUUACCAGAUAAUACGGGCAGUGGGGCAGGUAGUUCUCCGGUGGCCAGCUGCUCCUCCCCAUCAACGCCCACAAAGUCACAUGCUCCUUCGCCGCUGGAGAGCAUGGCCCAUACGCCACAGGGUCCUCCAACUCUGGGACCUGGUGGUUAUGGCGAAGAGCUCACCGCUGAGCUGGUGAACCAAGGAUGGCGCAAGUUCUGGUCUAAGCGGGAGAACCGUCCAUACUACUGGAACAAGGUCACCGGCGAAUCGUUGUGGGAGAUGCCCGGCACCAGGCCUUUUGAUCCGCUCACCGAUCCCUUGGGUAUCUGUCAUGCGGGCGGUCCUACGCCCAUGACCCCAAAUAUGCACCAGCAGCAACAGCAUCAGCAUCACCAUCAUCACCUGAAGCGUAGACCCUCGGAUGACAUGCACAUUCAUCCCAAUCAGCAGCAUCAUGUUGGCGGUGGGCCGCCUAUGAAGAAGUUUGUCCUUGCAGGACCGUGGGAUCUGGAGGUGUGCACAAACGCGGUAAUUGUGGAGCGGCCUCCGACUCUUCUGCCGCAACCGCAUCCCGAAGUCGAGGCUCUCCGGGCGGCCUUUAGCAUGAAGUUACUGAAAACCUACGAGGAUCUGUGCAUGCGGAGGGAGAAUAUAAAGGCACCAAGAGAUUCCUUCAAUCGCUGGCUAAUGGAACGCAAGGUAAUAGACACCGGUUGCGAUCCGCUGCUGCCCAGCAGCUGCCUGCCGGAGAUCUCCAGCUCCAUGUACCGCGAGAUAAUGUCGGAUAUACCCAUCAAGAUUGUCAAACCCAAGUUCACGGGGGAUGCCAGGAAGCAGCUUUCCCGCUAUGCAGAGGCAGCCAAGCAGAUUAUCGAAUCCCGAUCGGCGCCGGCUGAAUCCAAGAAGGUGGUCAAGUGGAAUGUGGAGGACACGUUCCAGUGGCUAAGACGGACUGUGGGCGCCAGCUACGAGGAUUUUCAGGAUCGUCUAGCCCAUUUAAAGCGCCAGUGUGAGCCCCAUUUGGUGGAAACCGUCAAGAGUUCCGUUGAAACUCUGUGUGUUAAGAUCUAUCAUUUGUCGGCCGAUCAUGCCCGCAAGAUCCGGGAGCGUCAUUUGCAGCUUCUGAAGGAGCAUGGAAUUCCCGAACCAACGCCUCCGCCGCCACCGCCGCAUCUAAAGAAAGUGUGGUGCUAUCCCAUACAGUUUGCCGUCCCAUCGCCACGGAUGCCGACGAUCGAGUACUUGCAGGAUCGCGACCACAUGAUUAUCAAGUACACGCCCGCCACGAUCAAUCAACCGGAUGCGCAGUACAUCAACCUUACCUAUCUGCAGAAGCUGGAGCAGCUGUACAGGCACAACUGUUUCGAUGACAAGAAGUUCGAUCUGUUCAUCGGCCGGGUAUGGUGUCUGCUCAAAAGGUAUCAGACCUUCCUGGGCAAUGCCCUGAAUUCCUCCCAGGAGGCGGAGCUCACCCAGGCGGCGCUGCCGGUGCCCGUGUUCGAGUGCCUGCAUCGGCAUUUUGGUGUAAGCUUCGAGUGCUUCGCCUCGCCAUUCAAUUCCUAUUUCCGUCAGUACUGCUCAGCGUUCGCCGACACGGAUGCCUACUUCGGUUCCAGGGGGCCCUUCCUGGACUUUAAGCCCGUUUCCGGGUCUUUCCAAGUGAAUCCUCCCCAUUGCGAGGAACUGAUCGAGGCCUCAUUGUUGCACAUCGACAAACUGCUCACCGACACUAUGGAACCACUGAGCUUCAUUGUGUUUCUGCCGGAGUGGAAGAGCAUAUCCAAGCUGGACGAGAGCAUGUACAAGCGUCGCUCCAUGGUGGUUCUGGGCAUGGCCCAUGAGUACAGGCACGGCUACCAGCACAUGUUGCAAAAAUCGGAUGUGCUAAUCAAGUGCAUGCAGGGCACCCAGGUGGUGUGGCUGCAAAAUAGCGCCGGGUAUGCGCGCUGGGGACCCAACGAGAUUCGCGUUGAGGCGCUGCGUGAGGCCUUCCGUCCGCAACGAGAUCGGGAGCGUGAACGAGCAGCUGCAGCAGCGGCAGCAGCUGGCGUGAACUCCAGCCAGCAAUCGCCAGCGACGCCUCCGUCGGCCGCAUCAACGGCUUCAACAACCAUCUCCAGUACGAACAGUGGAGUCAACAGCAACAGCUCCUCUGCAGCCAUUACAACGAGCGCCAGCAGCAGUCCAUCCGCGUCCGCAACUUUAUCCUCGAUGUCGCCAUUGUCGCCGCACACGCCCACCGGGAAUCCGCCGCCACAGUUUCCGCUGACCAUCAGCAACACGAGCAGCAGCAGCAAUCUGGUGGCCGCCUCGCCCACGAUGAGUGUGCAAAGCGAUUGCUCCUCGCCUUCGUCAUCGACGAUGUCCCUUUCACCGGCGCCGGCCUCGGGAGGCUAUCCUGAUGGAGGAACAUCUGCCACAGCGGCAGCGGUGAGCAUUACGGCCACGGCGAGCACAUCGACGGCUGGAGCCGGAUCUGCAUUUGGCCAGGCCAACAGCAUCGGUAGUUCCGCCUCCACCCAAGCGGUCAUUAAUUCAGCCGUCUAGAAUAUAUUCUUUUUAGGAUCCUUCAAUCCAUACAUGGUUCUAUUUUGUCCACACUAUCUGUGCACUUUCUGUUAGCAUAAAUUAGGGAUAUAUUUGAGAAAGAAGCAAACUAAUUGGGGCUAAUGUCACACGACCGGACAAAUCCGAUUUUUGGUUUAUUUUGCGGAAGCGGAAUCGAUUUUGUUGUUUAAUUCCCAUAUAUUUUAAUCAACCACCUAUGCUGAAAGAAUACUGAUUUUCAAUUGUUUAGCAAAGAACAAUUUUAUCAAUUCCGUUUCUAUACUUAUUGGAAUCGCAAAAACGCAAUAUUUUCUUAUAGAUUUGUUAUUUAUUUAAAAAAUUUAGUUUUCAAGUUUACACAUUGUUUUCAAGAUUUAUUUUGGCACACUCGGAAUUGAUCAAAUCCCAUAGUGGAAUUAAUUCCGUUUGGGGCAAACUUAUGGCUUUAAAAUUCUGAAAAUAUUAUGUUAAUAUAUUAAUAUUGCAAUACUCUGUAUACAUUCUUUAAAGUUUUUUGUCAAAGUUUUAUUAUUCAAAUUUACACAUUGCUCGGCCUAUGGCAGCUGGUAUUGCCCCAAUCGCAAGAUAUAAUUAAUUGUAAAUAUGUUAUAUUUAAUUUGAAAUAGCUGAUAAAUCCCGGCCUGGCCGCUGUUUAUCUUAUGUAUACCCAACAAACAAGGGCCAAGCUACCCCACAAAAGACUCUAAUUUUGCAUACUUAGUAUGGGUAGGGUAUGGUUCUCUAUCCUUGUUUCAGGGUGUUCCGAAAUGGUUUUCCAUUCACAAAACAAAACAUGAAAUAAAAACACAUUAAAACAAA